UAUUCUAUUAAUGAAAUGGACGAAGGAAUUGAAAAAGGGCAAUCGGAUGACCUGCCUAAAAUAGAUGCACUAAUGGUUGCCCAUUAUUUAUCAACAAAUAGUGAUUUCGUUGCCGCCGAAAUGCGAGGAAUAAAAAUGCAAAGGUCGGCAAGAGACAGCUUUGGUGAUGAUGUUAUCGGUUACAUACAAGUCAAAUGUAGAAUCACGCGCGUACAUCGCGUACGUACCACACGUUAUCGUUGCAGUUUAGAAUGUAAUGAAAAGGACCAAGAAGUUUCAAACGUAACUUGCGAACAUUGUACUGCCAACAGAGGCUGUAAACGUACUAUAGCAUUUUAAUGUGGCUACAUCGUCGAAGAGAGGACUGAACGACUGUUAUCA